AUGUCAGAUCGAGAAUUCGGCGGGAACGACGACCUAUCGCUUCCAAAAGCGACAGUCCAGAAGAUUAUCACUGAGAUCCUACCCGCGUCCUCCGGUCAAAGUUUUGCCCGAGAUGCCCGCGACCUGCUCAUCGAAUGUUGUGUCGAAUUCAUCACUUUAAUCUCGUCUGAAGCAAAUGAUAUUUCAGAAAAGGAGGCCAAGAAAACGAUUGCAGUGGAGCACAUCGAGAAGGCUCUUACAGAGCUUGGCUUCCAAGAUUAUGUACCGGAUGUUCUUGCGGUAGCUGACGAGUUCAAGGAUCAGCAGAAGACUCGAGAAAAGAAGCAGAACAAGAUGGAGACUAGCGGCAUGAGUGAGGAAGAGCUACUACGGAUGCAAGAACAAAUGUUCUCGCAAGCGAGAGAGAAGUACAAUGCCGCUCCAGACGAGGCAUGA